AUGUGGGAGGGGGGCUGGUACGCCUGAGCCUGGACCCUUUACCAAUCGCCUAGCUCCGCCUUCGCGACUCCGCUGGUAUCGAGGGCCGAGAUUUGUGGUUGAGCCGUAGGAAGAGGGCGUGGCUUCUUAGGAACCCCGCUAUCCAAGUCUCACUAUCUUAGCUCUCCUGCAAGUAUUCAUGAGAAUCUCAAAUGUUCCACGAAGGGAAGGCUUCCAUUAUCACAAGAGAAUGAAGAAUCAUAGAAGUUGUAUCCUUCUACUAAAAGCAGAAGACUAGGGUGAUAGUUAAAAUUGACUUGGAAGCAGAUCCUUUACUGUUCCAGACCAGACUGGGCCUCUGUUCUCAACCAUAGUGCUGGUGGUGUGUCCAACACAGGAGCAGACUGUUCCAGAGCAUAAUGAUGAUGGUUGCAGUCCCUGUGCUGGGAAAGGACACAGUACUCUUGGGAGAAACAGCAGAGACCCCAGGCUUCAAGCUAAAGCCAGCAAAGUCCCAGCCAAUGGGCAGGUCCCAGGAUGAAGACUUUUGGAAUGAAUAUCAGGAUCUACAACAACAACUGAGCAGGAAUACUCAUAAAGAAACAGAGCCUAUGUGUAAGAGGGCUGUGCCUGUUCACCAGACCCUAGACUUUCCUGAGCAGAUGAGAACCGAAGACUGGACAGUGGCACCUGAGCUCAUCUUGCCCGAGUCCCAGAGUUUGUUGACAUUUGAAGAAGUGGCCGUGUAUUUUUCCCAGGAAGAAUGGAAUUUACUGAAUCCCAAUCAGAAGGCCCUCUACAAUGACGUAAUGCAGGAAAACUAUGAAACUGUCAUCUUUCUAGCCACAUUUGUGCACCCCAAACCUAAAGUGAUCUGUCUAGAGCAAGGGAAAGAGUUGUGGGUUCAAGGAUCCAUGGAGUUCAAGGACAGUCCUGGAGGGCUGCCUACAGAGUUAAAGCUCAAAAAUGGCAUUGAAAAUCAUCAAUCUGUAUACCCUGCUGACUUAGAAAUGCAAAUACCAAGAGACAUAUUUUCAGAAAUAGACAGAGUGAAAGUACCCCAGAAAACAACAGUCAAAGAAAAUCAUGGUGAUAUGCACAGAGUGGGGAAAUGGCACCAAGAUUUUUCAGCGAAGGAAAAAGAGAAACUUUCAACCUGGAAACAAGAGCUGCUGAAACUUAUGGAUCGUCACAAGAAAGAACGUUCAGAAGAGAAAUCUUUUAAGUGCCAGGAAUGUGGGAAAAGCUUCAGAGUUAGCUCUGACCUUAUUAAGCACCAAAGAAUUCACACUGAAGAGAAACCAUAUAAGUGCCCACAGUGUAAUAAGAGAUUUAGGUGGAGUUCAGAUCUUAAUAAGCACUUCACAUCACACCAAGGAUUAAAACCAUAUAAAUGCUCGUGGUGUGGGAAGAGCUUUGGUCAAACUUCAAAUCUCCACACACACCAAAGAACUCACACUGGAGAGAAGCCUUUUACGUGUCAUGAAUGUGGGAAAAAAUUCAGUCAGAACUCCCACCUUAUUAAACACCGAAGAACCCACCUGUAUGUGAGUCCUCAGGUGGGCAGUGAGGUUGGAGCACUCACUGAAGCCUUUCCCACAUUCACUGCACUUGUGAGGCUUCUCUCCUGUGUGGAUUCUCUGAUGCCGGACAAGUACUCUCUGUACAUCCUCAACCAGAGCCACAGCUUCCUCACCAUUUUCUGGACACUGCUUCUUCACCCAGGUCUGGAUCUCCUCUGGUCUCAGCCACUGACAACAGAGUUCCCAGAGUGUGCUAAAAGCUUCAUGGGGACCAGCUACCUCCUGGUAGCAGAACUGCCUGAAGCGCUGCAUUUAGAAAGACUUCCCCAGGGCCAUGAUCCCUCAGGCUUGAGCUGUUUACAAGGAGAGAGAAGCUGUCUCCUGAGCCCCAAAAUGGCAGCUAAGAUGGAGAUAACUUUGAGCUCUCAGUCCCACAUUCAGGCUUCCACCAAGCAAGAGAGACACAUCAUAACAAAGCUAGAAGAGAAGCGGGGGGCGGCUCUGCAAAAAGACUGUCCCGAUCCUGAGGUCUCCCGCCAGAGUUUUAGACGGCUUUGUUAUCAAGAGGUGUCUGGACCCCAAGAGGCACUCUCUCGGCUCCGACAGCUCUGCCGGCAGUGGCUGCAGCCAGAGGUGCACACCAAAGAGCAGAUUUUGGAGCUGCUAGUGCUGGAGCAGUUUCUGAACAUCCUGCCCCCAGAGAUCCAGGCUCGGGUCAGGCAUCGAUGUCCAAUGAGCAGCAAGGAGAUGGUGACUCUGGUGGAAGAUUUUCACAGAGCAGCCAAGAGACCAAAGCAGUGGGUGGCUGUUUGUAUGCAGGGGCAGAAAGUGCUGUUGGAGAAAACUGGAUCUCAGCUUGGAGAACAGGAACUGCCAGACUUUCAACUGCAAACUCCUAGGAGAUAUCCCAGGGAGAGCUGUCUGGAGGAGCCUUCCCAGGCAGGAUUUCCAGACCAGCUUAGCCCCCAUCAUUGGGAAAAAUCCCCACUCCUUCUGGAACCAGCCAUCAGAUUGGCUGGGACAGAAGCCCCCAAAAUGAAAAGUGAGAACAAGGAAAAUCCGAAACAGGAGGGGGCCAAAGGAGCAAAGCCAUGUACAGUGUCACCCAGCAGAUCCAAAGGGAAUGGUCUGCAGAGUCCUGAAUCAAGAGGGGCAAAUAUGAGUGAAUCCCGGCUGUCACGGAGGCAGGUCAGCUCCCCAAAUGCUCAAAAGCCAUUCACUCACUUCCAGAGACAUUGCAGGGAACUGGAAUAUAUCAGUAGCCCCCUAAAAAGCCAUCCACUGAGAGAGCUGAAGAAAAGCAAAGGUAGUAAAAGAAACCUGAGCAGUCGUUUGCAACGUCUUAGUCACCAGCCAACCCACUCAGUGAAGAAACCUUACAAAUGCGAUGACUGUGGGAAAAGCUUCACAUGGAAUUCAGAGCUGAAAAGACACAAGCGAGUCCACACAGGGGAGAGACCCUACACAUGUGGAGAAUGUGGAAACUGCUUUGGGCGGCAAUCAACUCUGAAACUGCACCAGCGGAUCCAUACAGGAGAGAAGCCUUACCAGUGCAACCAGUGUGGGAAAAGCUUUCGCCAGAGCUCAAACCUUCACCAGCAUCACAGACUUCACCAUGGGGACUGAAAGCAGAGCUUUGGUCUUUCUGUUCAGAAGGAAGGUAUUUGUGUUUCUCCUUCCUUUUACUUGCAUAUAAAUCACAAAGACUGUCUACAUGACUUACAAAGAAAGCAAGAGGUCCCUGAAGAAUGAUGGCGCACAUUUUGCUGGUGAGGGAUCUCAGAAGAAGCUUUUGGGGAGAUGACCAUGCACAGUGACAGGGUAAAGAAAUGGCAAGUCUGAGCAUUGGUUGAAAGGGAACUGGAGUCUCUGCUGGAGAGCGAAAUAUAACUACUGAGAGAGCAUCAGUAUAAUCCUGCAGGUGUCCCUGCCCCAUGUUAAAUCUUUCCUGCACUGCUUUAUUUAUCCUCAAAGGUGUAUUCUAUAUAUAGUUACACAUUUGCUGUUAUACAAGGCAAUCUUUGUCAUGCACACAGUUCUUUAAUAAAGAUGGGUGAUCCACAAGAAU